AUGAGGAUGGGCGCUGCCCGUUAUGCCGCGGUCUUUGCCCUCACCGCUGUUGCCCUUGUCGGCGCCGUGCUAGGUCCUCGGCAAGCUCAGAACCUUACAUUUGGCGACGCUUGCGGCGAUAACACAACUAAACCUCAAGCAAUGUCCGGAGAGGCCAAGAAGUUCGGCAACACGUACGGCGCAAUAUACAGCGCUGACAAUCUGACGCAGUGUCUGGAAUUCUGCGCCACCGCUCCAGUCGAUGGCGACGCGUGUGUCGCAGUGAACUACGAGUUCGGUUUGUCAAGAACGUGCUAUUUGGCCAAUACAAGCGCAGAAUGGUCGUUGACUCAGCUCAUGCCUGAUGAUAAGGUACACACAGCUGUUUUGCCCGACCCUUUACAGUUUGACAACAUCGACAGGAAGUGGCCCUACACGAACGCUACCAUCCGCACCGUGAACGGACUUGGCUUUCAAGUCCACUGCGACAGGGAACCAUUUAGCCUCCAAGCUGGUUACAUUCUCACACCUGGAUCAAGCACCAACGGAACCGCGAUUCCAGCCAAUGUGCAUACCGACUCUUUCGACGAUUGCAUGCAAUUUUGCGCCACCAUGAGACCUACGUGCUACGGCGUGAGCUAUUUUCCCCCGGAAAUGGGCUAA